GCGCCUCCGCCGCGGACUCCGGCAGCUUUAUCGCCAGAGUCCCCGAGCCCGCGCUUGCUUUUCUGUGCCCUGCAUCACCGGCGUGCCCCACGAUGUCAGACGCAGCCGUGGACACCAGCUCCGAGAUCACCACCGAGGACUUAAAGGAGAAGAAGGAAGUUGUGGAGGAGGCAGAGAAUGGACGAGACGCCCCUGCUAAUGGGAACGCUAACGAGGAAAAUGGGGAGCAGGAGGCUGACAAUGAGGUAGAUGAAGAAGAGGAAGAAGGUGGGGAGGAAGAGGAGGAAGAGGAAGAAGGUGAUGGUGAGGAAGAGGAUGGAGAUGAAGAUGAGGAAGCUGAGGCCGCCACAGGCAAACGGGCAGCUGAAGAUGAUGAGCCACUUAUUGCUGCAAAUCUACAUUCUCCUACCUAACCCAAAUCAAGACGCCCUUAAGGUCACAAAUGACUGGUGCCCAUCUAGAGGAUCAACCGAAACUGCGGGCCUCCAUGCUGCACCAGAUAUUCAAAUGCUUUCCAACAGAAGGCAGAUACAACAAAGUCAUUAAAAGGAGGCUGCUGCGUUGGAUUAAGCUCCUGCACUAGGUCCCAACAGACCGGACUAAAAAUCCCCAUGGAGUCACCCAUGCUGAGGUUCCACAUCGCCAAACUGAGUUGUCUCAACUUCUGAGAAACUGGGAGAAAGACGACAGCCAGUUUCCUUACAGGCCAGUCCCAGCCCUCCACCGGCGUGAUAACGAAGUCCCCUCUGUUUUCAUCUUUAACCUGAAGGAACCAAUCGGUUUUCUUUCGUUGUUUCCCCGGCCCGCCUUACAAGGAAAGGAGCCUUGAAAUGACCAAUCCACUUUCUGUUCUUGUUUCCGCUUUCUUCACUCCUUUUUCUGUCUAUAAAGCUAAGCUUUGCUGCUUGACUCACUGGAGCACAUUCUCUUUCGUGGAAUGAACUGUUGUCUGGUACCAGAAUCACAAAUAAAGCCAACUGAGAUCUUUAAA